CAACAGCUCACCUCGCCAUUGACGAGAUUCACCCAUAGCUCUGACUGUAUCCUGCUAAAGGUCUCUUAAGUAACAAGCUUGAAGUCAGUACACUCUCUAGAGCUACUAUACUAUACACUUGGAACAAUGUCAGUCACCAGCCCGCAAAGGAUCACCGUGAUCGGAUUAGGGACCAUCGGUAUAUCCAUGACCGCACUGCACCUCUCUCGAGACAAUGUGACGGUGGAUGUGUUCGACACACGGCCAGACUUCAAACAGUACCUUUUCAAUACAUUGCCACACUUUCUGAGUCAAGGUACACCCUCAGAAUCUCAAUCAUCAAUGUCCACUGUGGCUUCCCUAAUCUCUUCCGGCCGUUUGCACAUUCACACAUCACUGGAAUCCGCCUGCGCGUCCGCCACUAUCGUCCAAGAACAGGGACCAGAGAAUCUCGAAUUCAAGCAAUCCCUCUGGGCUCAGGUGGAAACUUUGGCUCCACCGUCUGCGCAUUUCUGGACCAGUACGUCUGGCAUUGCCGCAUCCGCCCAACAACAAAACUUGCAUGAUAAAACUCGCUUGCUCGUUGUUCAUCCCUUUAACCCACCGCAUAUCAUGCCGCUGUUGGAGAUUGUCCCCUCUCCUGAUACCUCGCCAGAGCGUGUGGAAUUUGCUCGCGAGUACUUCUCCGUCCCUGGAUCAAGGCAUCGGCCCGUGGUCCUUAAAAAAGAGAUCCCGGGGUUUGUGGGGAAUCGAUUAGCGUUUGCGUUGCUACGGGAGGCAUGCUACCUGGUGCAGGAAGACGUAGUGAGCGCCAAAGAUCUUGAUACAAUCAUAAUGGCCAGCUUAGGGCCGAGAUGGGCGGGCAAUGGCGUUUUUGAAAGCUAUCAACAAGGAGGCGGCGAGGGUGGGAUCCAAGCUUUCCUUGAAAAACUGGGUGAAACUAUGCAGGUGGUGUGGGAUGGUCUGGGAAAAGUAAAUGUGCUAGGGAAUGAAGAGACGGGUUGGAAGGAGAAGGUAGUCUCGCAGGUCAACGAGGCUUAUGGGACGCUGACCCCAGCACAAGUCCACGAGAAGGAAGAUAGAUUGCGGGACUUUGUGACAAUUCAGACUAAGGAGUAUGGGCACGAUCAACCUGAAGCAUAGUUAUAUUAUACCAUGCAACAUAAUGCAAGAUGUAUGUAAUAUAUGCGGUCAUGACGUCAUUAGUGGGACACGAGCAGAAAAAUCACUUUGAAGAGGAUAUGGAGUCUGGACAUAUAAAAGACUUUAUCUGGUUAAUCAAAC